AAGAUCACGAAACACGGAUGGUUUGAAAUGUAAAUCAGAAUCGUGCACUGGGAGGAUGUCCUGAUAGAGUUACACUGAGCCACAUAAAUAGCACAACAAUGUGUGGCUUCUGUGCUGAAUGAACGCCUCACUGCCGCAAUAAAAAUAGAACAUGGUGACCUUCAGUUUGCGGCAGUCUUUGACUCGUGUUAUUGUUUGCGCCACACACCCAGUCGGGUCGAACCUCCACGUAAACGUCACCGUGCGACGUUUAAGUCCAAAAAGUGUCGGGACUUUUGAGAACGCAGCACUUUCCACGCAGCCGCGCCGCUUUCUUUCGGUCUUUAUUUCUUUCUGCUGACGUUAACAAAAUCCCUUCGAAACCGACGUCCACUAAAAAAACCGGUACGGCAGCGGAACUGCCCCGAAGGACACCCACUUCCCACGGAGAUGUGGCUCCAGCGUGACCGUUCACACGCAGUUCUGCUCCACAGGUUGGGGGUUUAAUUGCUGGUGGGUUUGACGUGACGUCCACCCCCCCACCCCAGUCGAUGGGAGGUCGACGUCACCCUUCCAGCGGAGGAGUGGAUGGCUUCUGUAAUAAAAAUACAUGAGGAGAAUUGAGGAAAAGGAGAAGAUUGGAGGAAACGCGCCGUCUGUCGCCUUCGCUGCCUGUGGGAGAACCGAGGACAUGGACGCCCCUCUGACUACAACUGGGAUAUAUUGUUGCAGCGGCUGAAGGAGUUUUUUUUAUUUUUAUUUUCAUUCUAGCGGACAAAAAUAUAACAGUAUCCCAGCAUAGCGGGCUGGAGUGAAAGUCCGCCAUAUUCUGCCUUACCACGCCCGGGAGUCGAGCCACUGGAAAAAUAUAGAGACGGCUCUUCGUGUUUUUCUCGCCGCCCUCCUCCGCUGACGGUAACUUGGGAAACAGGCGGUGUUUUUUUUUUUUUUUUUCGACUGAAAAUCCACAUUGGAGAGCAGAGGCCGGCGGACAACAACGCUUCACGAGAUCUCGAGGCGGCGGCGUCUUCAAAGAAUCUGUUGAUCAUAUCUAGACGGGGGCAAAGCAGCCUGCAGCCGCGAGGAUCCGACCAACUCUGACCGCCUGUGCCCCCCUCGACCAGGGGAAGGGAAGGAGGGUGUCUGCGUUCUCAAAUAUUGAAACCCUCUCCCGCAUAUUUUUUUAAAUUAUUUUUUGGACUCUUUACUGACUCUCUAACAGGGGCGCCGACCAUCGCAGGCCUUUAUGAGGACGUUAUUUGGCAUUCACAGGCCUGUUGAGUCCCCCCCUGACGAAUGUGAAAUCUGGAUGAGUCAGUAAGAGGGUGGGAGGUGGUGGGGGGGAAGCGGAAAAGUGUGCGUUUAAAAGGGGGGCGAGUAUGACCCUGGAAUCCAUAAUGGCGUGCUGCCUCAGCGAGGAGGCCAAAGAAGCCCGGCGGAUCAACGACGAGAUCGAAAGGCAGCUCCGCCGGGAUAAGAGGGACGCGCGCCGGGAGCUGAAACUGUUGCUUCUCGGAACUGGAGAAAGUGGGAAGAGCACAUUCAUAAAACAGAUGAGGAUCAUCCAUGGUGCUGGUUACUCUGAUGAGGACAAAAGGGGUUUCACCAAACUGGUUUAUCAGAACAUCUUCACCUCCAUGCAAGCCAUGAUCCGCGCCAUGGAGACGCUGAAGAUCCCGUACAAAUACGAGCACAACAAGGCUAAUGCCAACGUUGUGAAAGAGGUGGACGUGGAGAAGGUCACCAUGUUGGAAAAUCCUUACGUAGACGCAAUCAAGAGCCUAUGGAACGAUCCGGGUAUCCAGGAGUGCUACGACCGAAGGAGGGAGUACCAGCUCUCAGACUCCACCAAAUACUAUCUGAACGCACUGGACCGGAUUGCUGGGUCGGGCUAUCUUCCCACCCAGCAAGACGUGCUGCGGGUUCGAGUUCCCACCACAGGCAUCAUCGAAUAUCCCUUUGAUCUUCAGAGCGUCAUAUUCAGGAUGGUGGACGUGGGAGGUCAGAGGUCAGAGAGGAGGAAGUGGAUCCACUGCUUCGAGAACGUCACCUCCAUCAUGUUCCUGGUGGCUCUCAGCGAGUACGACCAGGUUCUGGUGGAGUCCGAUAACGAGAAUCGGAUGGAGGAGAGCAAAGCUCUGUUUCGGACGAUAAUCACGUACCCCUGGUUCCAAAACUCCUCCGUCAUUCUGUUCCUCAACAAGAAGGACCUGCUGGAGGAGAAGAUCAUGUACUCGCAUCUGGUGGACUACUUCCCGGAGUAUGAUGGUCCACAAAGAGACGCCCAAGCGGCUCGCGAGUUCAUCCUGAAGAUGUUCGUGGACCUGAAUCCAGACAGCGACAAGAUCAUCUACUCUCACUUCACCUGCGCCACAGACACAGAAAACAUCCGCUUUGUCUUUGCCGCCGUCAAAGAUACCAUCCUGCAGCUGAACCUGAAGGAGUACAACCUGGUGUAGAAAAAGAAAAAAACACACACCCUGACUGUGACAGGAACACUCCGUCAAACACUUCAGAGGAAAAUCUUACGGUUGCUAAUUUAUUUUACCAUUCGACUUCUUGGUCCCUGAGGGGAGAGCAGCAUCUGGUUUUCUUUUGCUUUUUGAGAAGUUAAUGGGAAAUGAAGAGAGGGGGGAGGGGCGUAUGUGCAGGAAUCGUGGGAGGGGGAGGGGCUGAAAUCUUCCUGCUUUUCUAAAAUAAAUUCUCGUACAGGAAGUGACGGGACAGAUCUCUAACUUUUUAAUUUAUCAGAUGGAACAGCAAGUUAAAGUAGACAUAAACUGUGAUUCUUUUUUAAAUUAUUUCUGAUUCCUUUGACAUGGAUUGAUUUAAGUGAUUCUUCUAGUUGUUGUUGUUGUUCUGAUUAUUGCUACGAUGCGUUGACUUUGGUACCGUUCAGUGGGCGUAGCUCAUGUGACCCUAGAAGUGCAGGGCUGUGGGGGACUUUAGAUUUUUUUUUUUAAUCCAGUUUGAGAAUCAAGUGUUGAAAUUCCCGCUGGAGACGACGCCGUCAUUGUGCCACAAUAACACUUGUUACCAAGUGUGUGUUUACCGCCAACGCCAAACACUCCACUGUUGAACAGGAAGUGGAAAAGUAUCAGAAGGACGGAUGUAUUCAACCAAAUCAGUAGGAUUUGCCCCCUCCCCCACAGACUGACUGAAGCUGCUUUGAAGCCGAACUGCUCCUCCCCCGCGGCCUGCAGAGCGCUCACAGCCGUGUCCCUGUGCUCGUCCACAGCCCGGCUCUCCGGACUGUCGCAGUGUUACAGCAGAGAACACGUUCGGCCCGUCGCUGUGUAAAAAAGGGCCGAGUGUUGAUGUUCAGUUUGUACCAAAGUAAGUCUCUUUACUGCUCCAAAUUACAUUUUUUUGUACCAAUCUCUAGAAAAUACGCCUGUAAUUGACAUGAAUUGAGGCAUAGUGCAAUUAUGAAUGCUAUAAUCAUUGUAUAUACAUCUCUCUCUCUAUACAUACAUAUAUAUAUAUAUAUGGCAGCAUCUUUGUUGGCUUUAUAACCAUGACUUUUUUUUGGCAGAUUGAAUGUGCGUUAAUGAAAAUAUGUAUCUUUGUACUUGUUUGUCUAAUGAUUAGCUGUUUUUUUUGUUUUUGGGAAGAAAAAAUCAAUUUACAUUUUUUUUAAAGGGAAAAAAUGUUAAUUUGGGUUUUUUUUUCUAAUGAAGGAGUUCUUCUUCAUCUUCACAAAUGCAUUAAGAUGAUUUUUACUAUCCGAUGUCAGAUCAGGUGGUACGGCGGAGGUUUUCUGCGGGCUGAAAUGGACUUUUCUUUAAGGCAAAACAGCAGAUUGGGUUCAUCUACAGGGCUACUGAUCAGAGUUUGCCCCUUCAGGGGUUUUCAGAACAGGUCAUGUGACUAGGAUAAAAUCACUCCUUAAUCCUUAAUUUGUGUCUAACGAAUCAGCCGUGUUGACCGUCCCUGCAUUCCUCCCUGCGCUGCAGCAACAAGGGCGUUUGCAGACGGUCACUCAGACUUUCAUAGGUGCUUAUUUCUCCUUGAUUGCCACAUUUCCAGUGUUAAUUUAUUUACGGAAUGACAGAAGAAAACGCAAGCGUUCGUGUGUACAUAAUGCCUUAUUGAAAAGCUGUGCCUCUGAAGCCCCAUGUUCUGAGGAAUGAAGCCAGAACUUCUCGUCUCUUAAGGUUUGGGCUGAGCUGUCGAGGGAACUGCUUUGACGUAUAGCACAUGUAGCUAAUGCGACAUCAGUACAGUUCACUGUAAACACAUCACGAGCAGAUUAAAACCAGAACUCUGGUGUUCUAUUGAUUUUUUUCUUCUGUCACAUCAGAUCCAUGUCUUAAAUUUCUUACCGCAGUGCAUUAAAAUGCAUUGAACUGCCAGAAGGUGCUUCUCGGUGGCGGCGGGUGGAGGGAGGGUCACCGGCCUCCGUCGGAGGUCUUGCUGUUCUCUGAAGUCUGAAGGAGACAAACUUUUGUUGAAGGUGCUCGUGGACAGCAGGGCCUGGGAGAACGUUUGGAGGUUGCACUCACUCGUGUUGAUGGUCACUUCUUGUUGACUCGCAGUAAUCAGUAAGUCCUCGCUGUUGUGAAGUGGCCGUUUGCACUGUUCUUUUCCUAAAGGAAAAAACCCUUAAAGUCUGGAUUCGUAAGUUUCUCCAGAGCUGAGUCCUUAUAGUGUGUUUCUUUCUGUUUAAUAAAAACAAAAAAAAGUGAAGCACAAAGGAGUUGGUGAGCGGCCUGCUCAUGUCAUCAUCAUCAUCAUCACUGUGAUGGCUUCUUCCUCUCAUUCAGGCAGAGGCUGGUGUGAGAUGGGCGAGGCGGUAUCCUAUAAGCGGUCCAGCUUCACUUACUCGCUUCCUUCCACUUCUCUAAAUAAGAAGUUCUUUCUGCCAACAAACAGGCCGACUCUGGGGUUUCUUAGCAUCCACGUCCUGAAGAUACAAAGCUGAAUUGCUCAUUUUUGAAACGGUGUUUAUGAUGAUCUGCAGACUGUGUAACAUGUUUCCUGUAUCCAUAAACUCGCACUCCUUCAACAUGUUUCUGAAUGAAGCGACAUGUUUCUUUUUA